GCACACUUUCCCUGGAAAGUUUUUCCUUUCCGUAAAAUUAUGAAAAACUUUAAAUUUGAGCUAUGCCCAGGUAUUCGCCGGAAAAACAGAGCUUCACUGCAUCAUCCUGCUCUUGGGAGAACUCAAGCUUCUCAUCCGAUGAUGCUGCUUCCCAAGAUCUGGAGAGCACACUGUGGAGCCGCCGUACGCAGUCGGAAUUCCCACAGGUCUCGAGGCAAAGACAUGGAUGCAAUCGGUUGCCCCAGUCGAGGUCCCCAACUAGAACCCUCCAUGGACAUCGGAAGCGAAGAAGAUUCGAAUCAUGGGAGCCAAGCGGUUCAACGUGUACAGAUGCCUUUCAGUCCAUUUCGGCUUGGAAGUAUACCGAGUUGAUCCAGGAUAACCUGACAAUGGCUCUGGUAGACGAGCUCCACGAUGACGGUUGCCUGCUCCGCGAAAGAUGGAACGAGAUCGAGGAUACGUUGGCGGAUAUGGUGGCCAAACGUCUCCAGUCGGUGCCACAGGGCCCGAAUCCGACGUUCGAUUCGUCUUACGUUAUCCGAGGCCACCGAGUGAUCAGGUGCGACGACGGUUUCUCAAAGAUCUUCCUGGAGGAUUGUGUAGCCGAAAUUAGAAAAGCAUGGCACGGCCUACGCAUCAGGCUUGUCCACGCCAGCGAGAUACCUUGUGAAGCCGCCCUGGCAGCAGUGCAGGAUCAACGGAUUACCUCAUCCACCGAGGAUAUGGAGCAGACGGAGGAAAACUCUUUUCGUUGGAUAGUACCACGGGGAGCUCAAGUCUCUGACACUGCGAUCCAGGAGAUCCAUAAGAUUCCACAGGCGAAGGAGACGGAGGUAAACGCUUUUGGCUGGAUAGUACCUCGAGGAGCUCAGUUCUCAGACACUGCGAUCCAGAAAAUAAAGGAAUUCGAUCUCACUAAGCGGAAGAGAAAUCGGCAAAGGUUUCUGGUUCCUGAUGGCUUGAAAACAUGGAGAGUGACCCUUUGUGGAGCUGAUGAAAUACGCAUUGGCCAGUACACUGGACCUGCGUUUAGAAAGGAACAGCCAGAAAAAACAGAGGAGGAUCAUUUGAAGAAAAGCCACCAGAUGGAGGAAAUGAACCAGAUAGAGGAAGCGCAGCAGAUUAUGGAGGAGGAGCAGACGAUUAUGUCACAGAAUACGGAUGAAAUGAUCCAGGAGGAUAAGACUCCACAGGCGAAGGAGACGGAGGUAAACGCUUUUGGCUGGAUAGUACCUCGAGGAGCUCAGUUCUCAGACACUGCGAUCCAGAAAAUAAAGGAAUUCGAUCUCACUAAGCGGAAGGGAAAUCGGCCAAAGUUUUUGGUUCCUGAUGGCUUGAAAACAUGGAGAGUGACCCUGUGUGGAGCUGGUGGAUUACGCAUUGGCCAUUACACUCGAUCUGCGUUUAGAAAGGAACAGCCAGAGGAAACAGAGGAGGAUCAUUUGAAGAAAAGCCACCAGAUGGAGGAAAUGAACCAGAUAGAGGAAGCGCAGCAGAUUAUGGAGGAGGAGCAGACGAUUAUGUCACAGAAUACGGAUGAAAUGAUCCAGGAGGAUAAGAUUACACAGGCGAAGGAGACGGAGGUAAACUCUUUUGGCUGGAUAGUACCUCGAGGAGCUCAGUUCUCAGACACUGCGAUCCAGAAAAUAAAGGAAGUCGAUCUCACUAAGCGGAAUGGAAAACGGCAAAAGUUUCUGGUUCCUGAUGGCUUGAAAACAUGGAGAGUGACCCUGGGUGCAGCUGGUGGAAUACGCAUUGCCCAGUACACUGGACCUGCGUUUAGAAAGGAACAGCCAGAGGAAACAGAGGAGGAUCAUUUGAAGCAAAGCCACCAGAUGGAGGAAAUGAACCAGAUAGAGGAAUCGCAGCAGAUUAUGGAGGAGGAGCAGACGAUUAUGUCACAGAAUAAGGAUGAGCUGAGCCAGGAGGAUAAGAUUCCACAGGCGAAGGAGACGGAGGUAAACGCUUUUGGCUGGAUAGUACCUCGAGGAGCUCAGUUCUCAGACACUGCGAUCCAGAAAAUAAAGGAAUUCGAUCUCACUAAGCGGAAGGGAAAUCGGCCAAAGUUUUUGGUUCCUGAUGGCUUGAAAACAUGGAGAGUGGCCCUGUGUGGAGCUGGUGGAAUACGCAUUGGCCAGUACACUCGUCUUGCGCUUAGAAAGGAACAGCCAGAGGAAAGAGAGGUGGAUCAUGUGGAGCAAAGCCAGAUGGAGGAAAUGAACCAGAUAGAGGAAGCGAAGCAGUUUACGGAGGAGAAGCAGACGAUUAUGUCACAGAAUACGGAUGAAAUGAUCCAGGAGGAUAAGAUUCCACAGGCGAAGGAGACGGAGGUAAACUCUUUCGGCUGGAUAGUACCUCGAGGAGCUCAGUUCUCAGACACUGCGAUCCAGAAAAUAAAGGAAUUCGAUCUCACUAAGCGGAAGAGAAAUCGGCAAAGGUUUCUGGUUCCUGAUGGCUUGAAAACAUGGAGAGUGACCCUUUGUGGAGCUGAUGAAAUACGCAUUGGCCAGUACACUGGACCUGCGUUUAGAAAGGAACAGCCAGAAAAAACAGAGGAGGAUCAUUUGAAGAAAAGCCACCAGAUGGAGGAAAUGAACCAGAUAGAGGAAGCGCAGCAGUUUACGGAGGAGAAGCAGACGAAUACGGAAUGAAGAUGAGCCAGGAGGAUAAGAUUCCACAGGCGAAGGAGACGGCCCACCGUCACAACAACAUGAAACAGAAAUAAAACCAAACAUUAAUUUUACCGCCUUUGUUUUUAUACUCAUACAUAUUGUGUUCUUAGGUCUUAACUAAUAAAAACAU